ACCCAGCGGCCAAGCAACUGCGCUGAUCAUAACCUUCCCCUCUUGGGCUUAUUUGCCUUCCUUACUUCUGAAUGUUGUGAUUGCGAAUUAGCGCCUUGAUUGUUGAAAAAUGAAUGCUCCCGAGUCAUUUGAGCCUUUCCUUUUGUUGGAUGGAGAAAAAAAGAUCACCAUAACAAAGGAUACAAAAGUACCAAAUGCAGCUCACUUUGUUGUAAAUAAAGAAGAUCACACAUUAGGAAAUCUUCUAAGAGCGCAGCUUUUACGAGAUCCACAGGUAAUAUUUGCUGGUUACAAAGUUCCUCAUCCCCUUGAACACAAGUUUGUGCUACGAGUACAGACCACACCUGAUUACAGCCCACAAGAGGCAUUCACAAAUGCCAUCACAGAUCUGAUCAGUGAGGUGUCACUCUUGGAAGAAAGAUUCAAGGCAGCUGUUAGAGAUAAACAAGAAGGUAUAGAGUAAAAUGUACUGUUUCUUACAGAGUUUGAAGUAGAUACAAACUUGGUCAAGAUAUUGACAGCUGCUUGGUACACCUGAAUAAUCAAAAUGGAAGGAGACUCAAAUAUGCCGUUUUAUUCAUCAUGUCAUUCUUUGACAGAUGUCACCCAAACAACCAGCUUUAGUUGACCUGUGUAGAUUUGUGCUGCACGCCGGAUAUUUUCCUACAAACGUAAUGUGGACUUUGUGUGUAGAUACAGAGUUGAAUGUUAAAGAAAUUCUAAUGUAACAUCUUUUGGUUUGAACAUGUCUCCAUGGCUUUAACAGUAAUGGUUACACAGUAGAUAGUUUGACCCCAACAGAAUCAGUUUUUUGUAGAUUGUGAGCAUCUGGGAGAAGGUACAUGUAGUCUUGAAAGUGAUGUUGUUAUUGACUUAAAAAUCCACAUUAAUUUGAACAAAUGUCAUUGUUACAUUACUCAUAUGUUACAUUUUUCUCUCCAAGUUAUGAUAUGGCUAAUACCAACAUUCUUCUGUUCAUUACUCAAGAGCCUAACAAGGUCAACACAUAAUAAUUGUUCAAUUUUGAGUUUCUGGUACAACUUAGUGAUUUUCUGUCCAGUGGAUAAAUAAAGAGUUUGAUUGACUGA